GUGAUUUUGAUGACUUCAGCUUACAAGAUGCACUUGGUAAGUAAACUACAAAGAAGCCUCUUCCAUCUCAGAAGCCAUCACCAUCAGAUUUUGAUGAUUUCAGCUUGGAACAUGCUCUUCAUCCUGAUGACCCCAAGCCAGGUCCACCUGGAAAUCCCAGAGGCACAGGCAACUUUGAUGAUUCAGAUCUAUAUGAUGGCAGUUUACCAAAAGGGGGAGGCGAUGGUAGUGGCAGCAAUGAACGAAAGGGCCCAAAUCCAAAUAGUGGUGAAGAAGCUGAGGGUAAAUGUUCUCAGGGAGCAAUAGCUGGAAUUGUAAGUGCUGUGGUUGCUACUGUAAUUGGAGCAGUAUCUAGUUUCAUUGCUUACCAGAAGAAGAAACUCUGUUUCAAACAAAGCGAUGAAGAGAAUGUGAAUAUGGAAAGCCAUCAGGGAGCGCAAUCUGAGCCACCUGUUCAGCGCAUACUUCUGGAGAAGUAA